ACACACCACCUCAAAAAACGAUCGCCUCAACGAAUCAAAUUCAAAAAAUAUAAUCUCCGGCGAUACACUGUCGCCGGCGGUGACCGUGUGUCGGAUUCCGGUGGAAGGAUGGCUGUUGACAGUGAGAAGUCGUUCUCUGAAGAGAAAGUCUGGAGCCUCUGUAAAAUGCCGUUUUGGCAAUCUAACAACGCUUCUUCUUCUUCUUCGACUUCUUCUUCUUUGCAGAGUGUUCAUCAGCAGAGCCAGAGUCACCAGGUUCUUCAAUCUUCAAACGCUGUGUCUUUCGUGACCAAGUCUCUUCUGCCCACAAGGAGGAGGCUUCAUCUUGAUCCUCCCAACAAGCUCUACUUUCCCUAUGAACCUGGUAAGCAGGUGAGGAGUGCCAUCAGCAUCAAAAACAUUAGUAGGUCUCAUUUAGCUUUCAAGUUUCAAACAACAGCACCAAAAAGCUGUUAUAUGCGUCCUCCAGGGGGGAUACUGGCUCCAGGCGAAAGUCUUAUUGCAACAGUGUUCAAGUUUGUGGAGCAUCCUGAGAACAACGAGAAACCAGCAGUAGAUCAGAAGAGCAAGGUUAAGUUCAAGAUCAUGAGCUUAAAAGUUAAAGGAGAAAUGGAUUAUGUGCCUGAGCUGUUUGAUGAGCAAAAGGAUCAAGUUGCAGAAGAGCAGAUUUUGCGGGUUGUUUUUCUUGAUACAGAGCGCCCUAGUCCUCCUCUGGAAAAACUUAAGCGACAGUUAGCUGAGGCUGAGGCUGCACUUGAGGCACGAAAAAAGCCCCCAGAAGACACAGGCCCUAGAAUUGUUGGGGAAGGACUUGUCAUAGAUGAAUGGAAAGAAAGAAGGGAAAGAUACCUGGCCAGGCAGCAGGUUGAAGGGAUUGAUUCAGUGUAAUGUGUGGUUUCCUCUUUUGUUUUACGCUCAAGCAGAAGUGUUUGUAGUAUCCUACUUGAAAUCUUGCUCAUUUGUCCAGGGGAUUGCUCCUAAACUCCCUCAAGGGGUUGUAAAAAAUUCUUGUAUUUUUGCCAUUAUCAUGGGAUAUUACAUGCAUUUGGUUUAAGUUACAGUUA